AUGACUGAUUUUGACCCAAAGAAGGCUCUGUCCGACAAGACCUUCUGGUAUCCCGAUGGGCUUUUCAACGACCAUGGCGUAUUUACCCUUCAAUCGGAUCAGAAUGCGUCUGUGAUGAGAUAUGUGUGGCAUGGCUGUCUUCUCCCCACGACGGUUGAAGACUAUGCGCGGACCUUGGCCAUCCCAGCAAGUGACUUGCCUGGGGAAACUGAGACAGAGCUCAAGGAGAUUGUCGGGGUUUUUGUGGAUAUGAAACAAUCAUCGACGGUCUUCCGAGAUGUCACUUGGCCGUCCAUGGUUGCCAUAGUCGACACAGUCUUUAACUAUGCCUCCAGGGCGGGUGGGAAAGACGCGGGCUCUUAUUACUUCAACAUGCUUGACUGGGUGAGGCAAUACAACAAGGAGUCAUUGAAGGACAACCCCGACCCGGACACUCUGGAAGACCUGAAGGAAUCCAUCAUGGGCGCCUGCAAGAAGCAAGAAAAUGAUAUUGAUGCCCUCAAGCUACAAAGCGAGAAGAUCAAAACUGCACUUGGGAGCUUCAAGAGUGCCUGCGUGGAACAUGAGAACAGGCUGAAUCCAAUCAUUCAGACUAUUCAAGAGAAACUGGGCACGCUGGACGGAGAUACAGGAAAAAUUGCGGAAGAAGCAAAAGAUAUCAAACAGAAGAAGAAGCUUCUUGAUCAAGAAAUCAAAGAAUAUGAUAAAGAUGUCGUGAUCGCUGCGACUACUCCCUCAUACGCUUGGCUGGGUCUGAUAGGUUGUGUGGCCGCAAUCACUGUCGCUUCGAUCUACGGCGACAAAGCCCGCAGACUCGAAAAAGCCAUCAAAGAACUGAAAGCGGCUAUCGAAAAAGAGCAGGGUGAGUUGAAGGCAAUGAUUGCUCUGGAAGCACAUUUCACCAGCGUUCAGACUCAUAUCACGGGGCUCCAUGACGAAAUUGACGGGGCCAUCCAAGACUUAGGGAAGCAUGAAGGCGUCUGGGAGUCCAUCAAAGGUCGUCUGACAGGCCUUAGAAAAUUUGUUGCAGACUUGGAGACGGAUGUUGAGCCAACCUUGCUGGAGAAGGUGGAUCUGGAGAACAUCGUGGAACAAUGGAAUAACUUAGCCAAGUCAGGUAUGUUCCUAUUCAACUACGGCUUCUCGUGCUUGAUCCCCAGCAGCUAA